GUCAGCAAAGGUAUUUAUUGAAAAUCUCUGAAUAAAAGGCUCCACGCACUCGCACAAGCGCACGCGCUCACACACGGAGAGAAUCCUUUUGCCUGUUGAUUUAUGGAAACAAUUAUGAUUCUGCUGGAGGAUUUCUCAGCUGAGAAAUAGUUUGUAGCUACAGUAGAGAGGCUCAAGUUGCACGAGGCAGACAGCAGACACGGAACUCUUGUGUACCCAGCUGUUCCAAACAGAACAAAAGUCAAGGAGCAAACACACUGCAGCCACUGGCCUUGUCUCGACCUGUUUCUAUAAGGAUAUACCUAUCAACUGUUCCUGAAGGAGGGAGGAAUCCUGUUAUUGGUGUCAGAAGCUAAGAGAUAAGGUUAACAGUUUGGAAAGAGUGACGACUUUGUCUCAAAUCAAUCUCCAGUUCACAGAUAGGAGGAGGCCCAUGACCUAGGAGUAGCAAUCAACGCAAGAUUCAAUUCUCAUUAUGUUAUUCAUGAACACCCGGGCCACUACACUAUAAUGCGCAAAUGGAUACUGACAGGGAUCCUGCCAACUCUGCUCUACAGAUCAUGCUUCCACCUCGUCUGUCUAGUGGGCACUAUAUCUCUAGCUUGCAAUGACAUGAGUCCGGAGCAAACGGCUACGAGUGUGAACUGUUCUAGCCCUGAGCGACACACUAGAAGUUAUGACUACAUGGAAGGAGGGGAUAUAAGGGUGAGAAGACUAUUCUGUCGCACCCAGUGGUACCUGAGGAUUGACAAACGAGGCAAAGUGAAAGGGACCCAGGAGAUGAAGAACAGCUACAACAUCAUGGAAAUCAGGACUGUGGCAGUUGGAAUUGUGGCAAUCAAAGGGGUGGAGAGCGAAUACUAUCUUGCCAUGAACAAGGAAGGGAAACUCUAUGCUAAGAAAGAAUGCAAUGAGGAUUGCAACUUCAAAGAACUGAUUCUGGAAAACCAUUAUAACACCUACGCAUCAGCUAAAUGGACACACGGCGGAGGGGAAAUGUUCGUUGCCUUAAAUCAAAAGGGGGUUCCUGUCAAAGGGAAGAAAACAAAGAAAGAACAAAAAACAGCCCAUUUUCUUCCUAUGGCAAUAACCUAAGUGUAUAUGGUAUUUGAGAAACCAGUUUCAUUCAGCAGGGAGAUUUCUUUCCAGUGGACUUUUCUUCUCUCUCUCUCUCUUUCUCUCUCUCUCUCUCUCUCUCUCUCUCUCUCUCUCUUUCUCUCUCUCUUUCUCUCUCUCUCUCAAAGUAACCAAGAAAGGCUGGAAAACUACUGAAAAACUGAUCAAGCUGGACUUGCGCAUUUUUGUUUAUUUUAAAAGACUGCAUUAAAGAAAGAUUUGAAGAAUAUACACAAAAAUCAGAUUUAGUAAAAGUUGUAAAAAGUUGUAAGUGGUUGUACAAUCAUGAUGUUAGUGAUGUGAUAUUUUUCUUAAAUUAAUUUACCCUUAAGAGUAUGUUAGAUUUGACUAUCUGAUAAUGAAUAUUUAAUAUCACUAUCUGCUUAUAAGGUGGCUGCUAUGAUAAUAUUAAUAAUGCAGAUGAUGUUAUAUAAGGAAUGUCAGACCUAAAGGCUGCUGGGAUGCUUCAUCAGAUGAUCAAGCCCCACACACACUACAGACGAUGAGCAGUGUUUGAAAGCUUUCCAGUAAGAACUAGAAUCCCCUUCAGCUCUAUUCAGAAAGAUGAAUGUUCUCAACAUUUUAUUAUAGAAUAGAAUUUACAGGUGGUUUUACAAAAAUCACAGGCUUGGAACAUACCUCCACUGAUUAACAUAAAAAAAAUCCACUCAAAUUGAAAAGGUAUUGCUAACAGGAUGUUUUAAAAAUCUGUAUAUAAAAUAGCAAUAAUGAUGAUAAUAUUGUAUUUCAUCUCACCACAAAAUAAUAUUUUAUAAUCCCUCAAAAUAAAUUUCAGAAAUCUUUGCAUUUUUUCAAGCAAAUCUAUCUUUUGUAUAAUUCACAUUUGGGAACACAACUUUUUAGUAAUGCUCUUCCCACAAAUAAUCAUGCUUAUUUCCCCUCUGUGAUAACAGCAUUAAACUCUACUUUAAGUUGUAUUUGAAUUUUAUUGUUUUGUUAUUUAAGUUUAUGUUAUUUAUAAAGAAAAAAAACCUUAAGAAGUUGUAUCUGUUUCAUAUGCUUUUAAUUUCAAGGGAGCAACAAACUCAUCUGGCUGCACUGCAAAUGUCUCCUCCCCUGGUGGCUGACACCAGUCUAGCACACAACACUUGGCUAGCAAGUGCUGGAUGGUGGACAAAAAAGACAGCCUGCAGCCAUGCUUACAAUAGAUGUCUCAUAGUGAACGAUGCAAAUAUGUGGGAGAGAUUUUACACAAUGUUCAUGCCAAUGAAUUUGGAUCAUGUAAGUAAAAGAAAAGUAUUUAGUGAAGAUGUACUUUUGAAAAUAGGCAUAUUUAAAGUUAGAAGUUUGAUAAUCUUUAGAAGUUUCUGCCACACAAAAUAUGCCAACAUUGAAAUGGCAAGAGUAAAACUCCAAUAGAGGUUGUAAUCAGGGUAUGGGGCCUCAAACACCUUGAGGCUUCAGGUCAGGCCACAGAUAACAGGUGUAAUAAAUAGAUGAAUGAUUACCCCAUAGCUCUGUCACCAGUAGAUGCGGACAUAAACUUAUGAAUACUUAUGAAGGGGGGGCAACAUUUAUUUAAAUUGUUGAUAUAUUAAUUAAUGUAAUAUCAACUUCAUAGUGCUUGUCAUUAAAGUUUCUAUUACGUAAAACACUUAUUGGUAAUAUGUUUAUAUGUGAAAGUUAUAUGAUAAAGCCUUGUCAA